AUGGAUUAUCUUAAUGGUCUAUUGAAUCUGCCUCUAGAGCUCUCACAGGGGGAGAAAGAGGCAGCUACGAAGGUCCUGGAAACUAUGGGGAAAAAAGUCGUAAUUAAAGAUCGCAUCAAAUUGUUACACAAGAAUCUUCCGAUUGAGCAUCUAAAUCAGGAGGAACGGGAAAGUCUGCUGGAGAUUUUAGAGAAAUUCAACUCAAUUCUACAGUUGCCAGAGGAUGCUCCAGGGAUGAGAGAUCACCUGGAACGUGAGAUUCCAUUGAAACCUGGGACGAUUCCAAUCAACGUUCGACUUCAUCGAUUGCCUCAAUCAAAGGAAGGGGGAGUUCGACCGUCAAAUCACAGAGAUGUUGCAAAACGGAGUGGUCCGACCAAUCUACGAGUGCAUAAUAAGAGACUACUGGAGGUUCUACAGUGGCUGAAGGAGGCAAAUAUCAGACUCCAGCCGGAUAAAUGCAAUUUCUUGGGGAAAGAAGUUGUUUAUCUCGGGCAUAUCAUCACUGCAGAUGGUAUUAGGGCUGAUCCCAGUAAAAUAGAGGCAGUUUCGAGCUUUCCAGAGCCUGAGAAUGAAAAGGAAGUAAUAUCCUUCCUUAGUUUAGCCGGUUAUUAUCGAAAGUUCAUGAAUGAUAUUUCGAAAAUGGCUACACCACUCACCGAACUGCUAAAAUAA